CUUCCCCUUGGUUUUGGAGUGGCAACUUCCAUCCGACUAGGUCAAUUUCUGGGAGCCGGAUCCUCCGUGGGUCCAAGAUCUGUGCUCUCGGUGGCGCUUGUCACACUAUGGUCUGCCUCGCUGGUAUUUAUCGUCAUCAUUGUGGCUCUGCGUUGGCAUAUCCCGAAAAUAUUUACUUCAGAAGAGGGUGUUAUCGAACUCUCUGCCAAAAUUCUACCACUAUUGGCAGCAUUUCAGAUAUUUGAUGGUACAGUGGGAGUUUGCAGUGGAGCUAUUCGAGGAGCCGGUUUACAGCUAAUCGGUGCAGCCGUAUGCUUUGUCACCUUGUACGUGAUUGGAGCACCGGUGUCUCUGUGCAUGGUGUUUCUGGCCAAAUACGAGCUAGAAGGUCUCUGGGUUGGACUAACUCUGGGCACAGUGUUGGAAGGUGUAUUCUAUUGCAUCAUUACCCAUACUAUCAACUGGGAAAAACAGGUGCAACUGGCACAGGAACGAACUGUGAAAGUUAUGGGCAAACAAUCAAAAACGCUGUAUUACAAUGACGUUUUCACAAAUGCAGGAUAUAUUUCAGAAAUCGGUGAGGAACCAAAUGAUCUGGUUGCGAAUGACGGAUCUCUGACACUACCCGUCGUACAACAAGAGGAUCUCAUUAAUGAAGAAAUUCGUUAUGUGAGCGGUAGAAAAAUGCUCAUUCUGAAACGUCUCAUCCUCGUAGUUAUCCUCCUCGGAAUGAUCAUCAUCAGCAUUUGUUGUCGUUUGUUGAUCCCAUGGUCCAGUGUGCUGGGCACAUUCUGUAUCCUACCGAAUGGAUCAUUCUAUCGCGUUAACGGGACAAAUGUGACCGAAAAUUGUACCAUGGUUAUCAUGUGA